UCUAUUUCUGAAAUUCUCAUUGUAUCAUACAUUUUCUCAAUUAUUCUUCUGACACGUAACUAAAAAUAAGAAAAUAAAAAUUUGCAAAAGCAAUUAAAAGGGGAAGUUUCUCGAAGAGGCGUAAUGCAGCUUCUCGUCGUUUCAUCAAUUCCUCUCUUUGUCACCGUUCUUCCUUUGUUUUCUUCGUUACCGUUUAUACUCUCUCUCCUCUCCCCUUCGCUUCCUUAAAUUCCUAGGAACCUUCUAGAAUUACCAUAUCAAAUCCUCCCUGUAACCUUCAACCCUGCUUUCUCUCCAAAUUCCUAUCUAAUAAUCCUUCACAACUUCAUUUAUUGAUUAUUCAAACUUUUUCUUUAAGCGUCGGCGAUGGCGCCUACGCCGAGGGAGCAGAACGGAGAGGCGACUGCCGGGGAAUCACAGAGAUCUUUGCCGACUCCUUUUUUGACGAAGACUUACCAACUCGUGGAUGAUCAAACAAUAGACGAUGUGAUUUCCUGGAACGAUGACGGAUCUACCUUCAUCGUUUGGAACCCUACGGUUUUUGCUAGAGAUUUGCUUCCCAAGUACUUCAAGCACAACAACUUUUCGAGCUUUGUUCGCCAAUUAAAUACUUAUGGAUUUAGAAAGGUGGUACCUGAUCGAUGGGAAUUUUCUAACGACUGUUUCCGCAGAGGCGAGAAAAAUCUAUUAUGUGAUAUACAGAGAAGGAAAAUUUCAACUCAAACGGGAGGGACAGCGACACAGCCAACGCCGGUGGCUGUCGCCGCGGCAAUUCCAACGGCGAAACCUAUAAUAUCUCCGUCGAAUUCCGGUGAUGAACAAGUGAUUUCAACGAACUCGUCACCAUCAAGAGUAGCUCAUGUGAGCGGACCAACCACAGAGCUUUUGGACGAGAAUGAGAGAUUGAGGAAAGAGAACGUGCAGCUCUCAAAAGAAUUGACGGAAAUAAAGAAUCUUUGUAACAAUAUUUUUAGUAUGGUGUCGAAUUACGCGAGUACUCAAUCAGAAGUUGGUUUGCAUCCGUCGGAAGGUGGGCGUUUUCCGGCGGUCAAGCCGCUGGAUUUUCUUUCGGUAAAGCAAUUUGGCGGUGAAGAGGAAGACACGAGUGCAAGGCUUUUUGGUGUGGCGAUUGGUGCUAAGAGAGGGAGGGAAGGGGAAGGCAUAGCGGCGGAUAAUGAUACGCAGUUGCAGUUGCAGCUGCAGCAACCGGGAGCUAAUCCAGUGAAGGCUGAGCCGCUUGAUUGUCAGAAUAGCGCUAUGAACGGUGAUGAUGAAUCAAGACUAACAGUGGAUUGAACGUGCAAGGUAAUCGGCGGGUUAUGUAAUUGAUAGGAUUAGGAUUAGGAUUUUUUAGUAAAAAAAAAAAAAAAAAAAAAACAAUGUUUAUUACCGCCAUUAAAUUAGAGGCGGUGAUGAAUGAUGAUGGUUAGUGAGGCAGUUGAUCGGAUCAGAUUAGAAGGUCCGGAUGAGGAGAGGCACGUGCUAAAUGGGUCACGUGCAUUGUGAACCUUUGCCCGAAGUUUCUUAAGAGUUUUUUAUUUCUUUUUCGCUCCUCUUUUCGGGGGCUUUUGUUCAAGAAAAGUCUCCUCUUUCUUUCUACCUUUGUUAUGUCAUUUCUCAUCUUCUAGAAAAGUAUUGUAAUUAAAGGGACGUUGACGUGAAUUUGGGUAUGAGAAAUAAACUAGCCAUCUUAGCUUUA